AUGAACUUGGUCUCAAUACCACAUGCGUCCACUAUUGAGGUGCACCUUUCCAGCCUGCACAGCUCCAACACCAACACCCCUGCCAACACCCUUCCACCACCUCGACCCACUCCCCUGCCAACACCCUUCCAGCUCCAACACCCACACCCCUGCCAACACCCUUCCACCACCUCGACCCACUCCCCUGCCAACCCUUCCAGCUCCAACACCCACACCCUGCCAACAUCCUUCCACCACCUCGACCCACUCCCUGCCAACACCCUUCCAGCUCUGCCAAACACACCACCUCGACCCACUCCCCUGCCAACACCCUGCACACCCCUGCCAACACCCUUCACCACCUCGACCCACCCCUGCCAACACCUUCCAGCUCCAACACCCACACCCCUGCCAACACCCUUCCACCACCUCGACCCACUCCCCUGCCAACAAACACACCUCCUCCACAACACUCCAACCAACACCCCUGCCAACACCCUUCACACCACCUCGACCCACUCCCCUGCCAACACCCUUCCAGCUCCAACACCCACACCCCUGCCAACAAUCCUUUCCACCACCUCGACCCACUCCCCCUGCCAACACCCCCAGCUCCAACACCCACACCCCUGCCAACACCCUUCCACCACCUCGACCCACUCCCCUCCAACCACCCUUCACAACACCCCUCAACACCCCACCCCUGCCAACACCUUCCACCACCUCGACCCACUGCCAACACCCUCCAAGCUCCAACACCCACACCCCUGCCAACAUCCUUCCACCACCUCGACCCACUCCCCUGCCAACACCCUUCCAGCUAACACCCACACCCCUGCCAACACCUUCCAGCACUCGACCCACUCCCCUGACCCUUCCCAGCUCCAACACCCACACCCUGCCAACACCCUUCCACCACCUCGACCCAUCCUGCCAACACCCUUCCAGCUCCAACACCCACCCCUGCCAACAUCCUUCCCCACCUCGACCCACCCCCUGCCCACUCCCCUGCCAACACCCUUCCAGCCUCCAACACCACCCUGCCAACAUCCUUCCACCACCUCGACCCACCCCCUUGCCAACUCCAACACCCACACCCCUGCCAACAUCCUUCCACCACCUCCGACCCACCAACACCCUUCCAGCACCUCGACCCACUCCCCUGCCAACACCCUUCCAGCACCUCGACCCACUCCCCUGCCAACACCCUUCCACCUCCUGCCACACCUCCACUCACCCCACUCCCUGCCAACACUCCACCACCUCGACCCACUCCCUGCCAACACCCUUCCAGCACCUCGACCCACUCCCCUGCCAACACCCCUUCACCACCUCGACCCCUCCCCUGCCAAACACCCUUCCACCACCUCGACCCACUCCCUGCCAACACCCUUCACCACCUCGACCCACUCCCCUGCCCAACACCCCCCUCGCCUGACCCUUCACCACCUCGACCACUCCCCUGCCAACAACACCCUCCCCUCCACACUCACCACCUCGGACCCACUCCCCUGCCAAACACCCUUUCCAAGCACCUCGACCCACUCCCCUGACAACACCCUUCACCACCUCGACCACACUCCCCCUGCCAACACCCUUCGCAGCACCUCGACCCACUCCCCUGCCAACAAUCCGCUUCCAACACCGCCUUCGACCACACUCCCGACCACACCUCCCCUGCCCAACACCCUUCCACCACCUCGAGACCCCACCCCUGCCAAGCAACACCUCGCACCUCUGCGACCCACUUCCCCCUGCCAACACCCCGAACCACUCCCCUGCCCCAACCACCACCAGCACCUCGACCCACUGCCCUCUUUCCACCCACCUCGCCUGCAACGACCCUUCGGCACCAGCACCUCGACCCACUCCCGCCAACAACGCUUCCAGCUUCCAAAUACCCUGUCCAGCACCUCGACCCACACCCCUGCCAACACCCUAUCCAGAAGCCUCGACCCUACUCCCCUGCCAACACCCUUCCAGCAACCGCCUCGAAACCAACUCCCCUGCCCAACACCGCUUCCCAGCACCUCGACCGCCGACCUCGCACUCCAACACCCUUCACCACCUCGACCCCACCCCCCUGCCAACACCCUCCAGCUCCAAACACCCACACCCCUGCCAACAUCCUUCCACACCUCGACCACUCCCCUGCCAACACCCUUCCAGCUCACAACACCGUCACACCCCUGCCUAAAAACAUCUCCUUCACACCACCAUCGACCACACUCCCCUGCCAACAACCCUUCGCAGCUCCAACACCCACACCCCUGCAACAUGCCUUCCAACCACCUCGACCCCACUCCCCUGCCAAACCAACCACUUCCAGCUCCAACACCCCACACCCCUGCCAACAUCCUUCCACCACCUCGACCCACUCCCUGCCAAACACCCUUCCAUACCAGCUCCAACACCCACACCCCUGCCAACAUCCUUCACCACCAACCUAGACCCAGCUCCCCUGCCACAACCGCCUUCCAGCACCCACCCAUCCCACUGCCACACCCUUACAGAUCCAACACCACACACGCCUGCCAACAUGCCUUCGACCCACUCCCCUGCCCACCUUCCACACCUUGA